AUGCUGCUGGCAGGAGAGGACAGUAUACAAAUGCUCUCAGCCCAGCCAGACGCCAAGCCGAAGGGUUGUGCUGGCUGCAACCGGAAGAUUAAAGACCGCUACCUUCUCAAGGCGCUGGAUAAGUACUGGCAUGAAGACUGUCUGAAAUGUGCCUGCUGUGACUGCCGUCUGGGCGAGGUGGGCUCAACCCUCUACACCAAGGCAAACCUCAUCCUCUGUCGUAGAGACUACCUGAGGUUGUUCGGUGUGACAGGGAAUUGUGCGGCAUGCAGCAAGCUGAUUCCUGCCUUUGAGAUGGUAAUGAGAGCCAAGGACAAUGUUUAUCACCUGGACUGUUUUGCUUGUCAGCUCUGUAAUCAGAGGUUUUGUGUUGGAGAUAAAUUCUUCCUCAAGAACAAUAUGAUUCUGUGCCAGACAGACUAUGAGGAAGGUUUGAUGAAAGAAGGCUACACGUCCCAGGUUCGCUGA